AUGGCUGAAUACCUUAAGCACGUCCUAUGCUUCGUACUAACACUGGCGGCUAUCUAUAGUUGUAUGGCAGUGGACUAUGUUGUGUCCAACAAUGCUGAAUCCAGCACUGGUGGUAAGCUAUUUGACAAAAAUGUAGGAGCAGAUUAUGCCAAGCAAACACUGAGCUCUGCUGUGGACUUCACACUGAAGCUCUUUCAGCAGAACACUGUAGGUGACAGGAAGAACGUCCAAAAAAUCAGUAUGAUAGUUGAAAACAUUGAUGGGAUCGCAUAUUGUAGCAACAACGAGAUUCAUGUGAGUGCAAGCUACAUUGAAAGUUACCCUGGGGAUGUAAAAAAGGAGAUUACAGGAUUACUCUAUCAUGAAAUGGCCCAUGCAUGGCAGUGGAACGGAAACGGCCAGGCUCCUUCAGGACUCGUUGAAGGCAUAGCUGAUUUUGUGCGGUUGAAGGCUGGCUAUGCAGCACCCUCCUGGGUUCUGCCAGGGCAUGAUGAUAAUUGGAACCAAGGAUACGAUGUCACAGCUCGAUUUUUAGAUUAUUGCAAUAGCAUAAAAAAUGGCUUUGUUGCCGAUUUAAACAAGAUGAUGAAGACCAGUUACAGUGAGAGCUACUUUACUGAACUGCUAGGGAAGCCAGUAACUCAGCUGUGGAGUGAUUACAAGGCCAAGUAUGGCACCAACUAG